AUGAUUCGAAGCGCUGUUUUCCUCUGCCUCUGUCUAUCUCUCAAGAAAGGUGUGUUUGGUGAUCCAGCUGAAGUGAAGUCAGUGUCAGUGACUGAGGGAGAUUCUGUCUCUCUAAACACUGAUGUUCAAGUACAGAGAGAUGAUCAGAUACUGUGGAUGUUUGGGCGUAAUGACACUCGUAUUGCUGAAAUCCACAGACAGAACAUCUCUUAUUAUGAUCAAAUUGAGAAGUUCAAACACCGGCUUCAGAUGGACAAUGAAACUGGAUCUCUGACCAUCAGAAACAUCUCAAAGGCACAUGCUGGACUUUAUAAACUAGAGAUCAUCGGGAGCUCAGGGUCAAAUAUGAAGCAUUUCAAUAUUUCUAUUUAUGAUCGUCUUCCUUUUCCUGUCAUCACCAGCAACUGUUCUUCAUCAUCAUCAUCAUCAAAGUCCAGAUGUUCAUUGGUGUGUUCAGUGUUGAAUGUGAGUGAUGUGACUCUCUCCUGGUACGCAGGAAUCAGUGUAUUGUCCAGCAUCAGUGUGUGUGAUCUCAGCAUCAGUCUCUCUCUACCUCUGGAUGUGGAAUAUCAGGAUAACAACACAUACAGCUGUGUGAUCAACAAUCCUGUCAGAAACCAGACCACACAUCUGGACAUCACACAACUCUGUCACACAUGUGAAGAAUCCAGCCAAACUCCAUUCCUCCUUGUAUCGCUGUUGUUGUUGUUGUUGCUGCUGGUCGUCGCAGUUUUAGUCGUGUUGUUCUUCUGUCGCCGCAGGAAAUACACACAAGCGAAACAAGACGGCAAGUAUUACACACAACAGGAAAAUGUAUAUUUUAUUGCAAAAGUAGUUCUCAGAAAUGCCAACAAAUCCU